UCUUUACCUCCUGUAGAAACCAAAUCGACCCAUUUAUGGAGAUUUAUGAGGGACCUAUUGGACGAUCCGCAGUUCAAUCCGGUUUACAUCAAGUGGGAGAACAGAGAGAAAGGUGUGUUCCGGAUCGUUCCCGGCCAGUCCAAAAACAUCGCUAGACUCUGGGGCAUGAAGAAAAAUAAUCCGACCAUGACCUUCGACAAGAUGAGCCGCUCGCUGAGGUGA